GCAGGAUGCCCCGCAGAAUGCCCCGUUCUCUAGGACAAGUACGACACCAACACGUCCAAUCUGGCAACACAGAGCUUGGAGCUUCUCGGCAAACAUCAGCGAGCCUCACACGCAGUGCUGCCGACCAACCGACCGACUGUGCGCGCGCUCUCACGCUCUCCGACUCUUCGGCUUUCCGCUGAAUCGUCCCUCCCCGCUGCGGCGUUAUUCCCCUGGUUUGCUUUUUGUUGGUUGUUUUUUUUACGAGCAUGUCGCUGAUGGAGGACUACGCGGAGGAGGAGUACGAACGCGCGCCCAAGCGUCUGAAAACAUCGGAGGUGGAGGAAGGAGAGGAGCUGGAGGAAGGAGAGGACUCGGACUCAGCAUCCGCCGGGCUGCUAGGAGACGAGGAGGAGGAGGACACGCGCCGCUCUGGAGGGAAGGACCGGGCCCGGUGGAGCAGCGCGACCUAUACCACCAAAGCGGUUCGGAAGGAUAACGGGGAUGAGACCCACAGGAUUGCGCCAUCCCCGGUGGUCCACGUUCGGGGACUGUGUGAGUCGGUAGUGGAAGCUGACCUGGUGGAGGCUUUGGAGAAGUUUGGAAACAUCUGCUACGUGAUGAUGAUGCCGUUUAAGCGUCAGGCUCUGGUGGAGUUUGAGGAUGUAGAGAGCGCUGAUCGCUGUGUGGGCUGUGGCUCCAGAGAGGCGGUGUACAUCGCGGGACAGCAAGCCUAUUUCAACUACUCCACCAGCAAGCGCAUCACACGGCCCACAAACGCAGACGACCCCAACAGUGGAAACAAAGUGCUGCUGCUUUCCAUUCAGAACCCUCUUUACCCCAUCACUACAGAUGUUUUAUACACAGUGUGCAACCCAAUCGGCAACGUGCUGCGCAUCGUCAUCUUCAAGCGCAACGGAAUUCAGGCCAUGGUGGAGUUUGAAUCGGUCCAGAAUGCCCAGAAGGCCAAAGCGGCCCUCAAUGGAGCCGACAUAUACGCCGGCUGCUGCACACUGAAAAUCGAGUACGCUCGGCCCUCACGCCUCAACGUCAUCAGAAACGACAACGACAGUUGGGACUACACCAAACCCUUUUUGGUCAGACGAGAGCGUGGUAAAGGUAGACAGAGGCAGGCCAUCCUGGGGGAGCAUCCGUCCUCGUAUGGCGACAACGGUUAUGGGUCACACUGCCCCCUGCUGCCUCUGCCCAGUAACACCAGGUUUAAGAGGAGUUCUCAUGAGGUACCUGAUGUUGUGGCGUACCCUCUGCCCCAGACCUCCUCCUACAUUGGCCACUCCUCCAGUUCUGUUGCCAUGGUGAGCGGCCUGCAUCCCACCAAGAUGAACUGCACCCGCAUCUUCAACCUCUUCUGUCUCUAUGGUAACAUUGAGAAGGUAAAAUUCAUGAAGAGCGUUCCUGGAACAGCCCUGGUGGAGAUGGGAGAUGAGUAUGCUGUUGACCGUGCCAUCACACAUCUUAACAGUAUCAAAGUCUUCAGCAAGAGGCUCAACGUAUGCGUGUCCAAGCAGCACGCAGUCAUCCCCAGCCAGGUUUUUGAGCUGGAGGACGGUUCGAGCAGCUACAAAGACUUUGCCAUGACUCGCAACAACCGCUUCACCAGCGCUGGGCAGGCAUCCAAAAACAUCAUCCAGCCUCCUUCAUGCGUGCUGCACUUCUACAAUGUCCCUCCCUCCAUCUCUGAGGAAGACCUGCAGAGGUUAUGCACAGAGCAGGACGUGCCAGGCUUCAUCAAGUUUAAAGUGUUUGACGCCAAACCGAGCUCCAAAACCAUCUCGGGCCUUCUGGAAUUUGACAGCAAAACACACGCAGUGGAAGUACUGACAGUCCUGAAUCAUUACCAGAUCAGAAUACCUAACGGCUCCAAUCCCUACACCCUGAAGCUGUGCUUCUCCACCUCAUCCCACCUCUGAAGAGGAGCUGAAGACGCACACUUCACACCAUCGCGCUGUUUACACUGGACGGAGAUGAUGGGAAGAGAAAGCUACAGAGUGUGAGGGAGAAGGGCGUAGAGAGAGGGAUGACACACACGUGGUCGUCACCCUUAGCAUGAGGACUUCAAGCGCAAAACACUCAAGAAUUCCUUCGUUUCUUCAUUUUUUUUAAGACUCUUAAGUGUUUUCUCAUUACAUUCUGGUAAAACCAGAAACUGACUGACUUUACAAUAAUGAUGUCAUCUCAUCGAAAGUGAGUUUCCCAUGGGCAAAAAAAAAAAAGAAACAAACACGGACGCCUUUUUAAUUUGUGUGUUUUCGUCCUUCUUUCUUCUUUGAAUCUUGUGUGCUGCAGAAAACACACGAGGUACGCAACCUAAAAGACAAUAUCGUAUGAACUACUGUUAUGCCGAUGAUACUGACAUGGAGAAUAGACGUAUAAGAGUGUAAUGAGUGGUGUAUGUGUGUUGACAUAGAGAGAGAGACCUAAAGUGGUAUUGGGCAAACAGGGAAUCUGUUUAUAGGCUGUAAUUUAGAUCCUUCUGUAAUAUUGUUGUGUAUAGAUGCCAAGGCAUGAGGAAUUAUGAGAAUUACUGGCACACAAGGUGGCCUUAUAAGCCUUUAGGUUGAGUUUUGCAGGGGGAAAAAUGUGUAGUUGUAUUGCUAGUUCUGCUAGUCUGGAUCAUGUGCUAAAGGCUUUAUUAGAUUUAGGCCCCUGAGAGUCUGUGCUUUAUGGGUGAUUAGAAUAUUAUUCAUAAAAUUAUGGCGGUGGUUGUAUGGCACACUGCUGCUCCACAGCUAGACUAUAAAAUCUAAAAUCCUGCUAUGUAAACCUCAUAUCUGGCUCAAAAAGAACCGGGACAAAUUUUGUAUCCUUCGCACAAGGCAGCCUUGACCUCUUUCAAAUGGAUUCUUUCAAUAAUGGCAAUAACAACAAAAAAAUAUUUAACCCCAAUUUAAAGAUUUAAAUCUAGCUUUGGAUCACAGUAUGUCAGACAGAAAUACAAAGAUCACGUGUGCAGUGUUCUCAGUUUACUCUCACUUGUCCAUGUGUAUAAUUGGCACGUCACAUCAUCUGCGGUUCACUGUGAGCAUGUCCAGCCAUUAAACACAUUUGCCAGCUGA